AUGCCGCGUCCUGCGAUCGCUCUACGCAAGUUCGCCUCCGAAGGCCUCCCGGACCUGCGCUAUAACAAGAAGUUCGAGCGCAUCUCGUACGCGGACGACGGCAAGAGCGUCACGGCGUACUUCUCAGACGGAACCUCAGAGACGGGCCGUCUGCUCAUCGGUGCUGACGGAAGCCAGAGCAAAGUUCGCAGGGAACUAGUCGGCGUCGAGCGUGCUGCAGUCAAGCGACUACCCCUCGUAGCGACCUUUAUCACCGCAUCAUUCUCGGCCGAGUUUGCCGUGGCCCUGCGGAAAAUCGCCGGCAACGCACUGGCUAGCAUCUGGCCGCACCCGGACAAUAUGCUCGGCGCGCUGACGCUGAUGGACGGGAUCGACAAGGACCAACCCGAGAAAUGGCGAUUUACCUUCUACGUCGCGUGGCCGAGCAGUCUCGAGGAACAGGCUGCGGAGGUGGCGGCGGGCAUGAGCAUUCGCGAUCGCCUGCGCCAGGCCAAGGAGAAGAGCAAGGCGUUUGCGAACCCCAUACGCAAGUGCUUUGAGUUGCUGCCUGACGACCACGAUGAGGUCUACUGGGUUGGCCUGUCGAAUUGGGACCCGAGCUUGCCGGAGCAUAAGUGGGAUAAUCACGGGGGUCUCGUGACGCUGGUAGGUGACGCGGCGCACCCUAUGACGUAUCACCGUGGACAAGGGUUAAGCCAUGGUAUCGCCGACGUUUAUAACCUCGUCAAAUUACUAGCCAACCCCGAAGGCCGGUCGCAGGCUGAAUUGAUCGACGCGUACGAGAGCGAGAUGCGCCCCCGGGCCGGUGAAGAGGUCCAGCUAAGCGAGAUGAACUCGAUCAUGCUGCACGAUGGGUCCAGAGCUACGGAAAGUCCGAUGGUGAGAAGAGGGUUGAGCUACGGGAGCGGCAAAGCAGAGAAACCGUAUAGUGCCGUGGAGGUGAAGAUGGGCUGA